CUUGACCGUAUGUCACUUUAACCCUUGGUUUCUCGUUCCGAGGAAUAGCAAUACUUCGCCGUCGUUUUUCCUGCGAGUCUGCCGAAUUUGUUCGUGAAAGAAUUUAAAGAUGCUGACCAACCAGAUCGUCUCCGCUGCCCGGAUCAUGGGAGUUCAGGCCCGCCGCAACUACGGAGUUUCGGCCGUUCUGCUUUCGAAGGCGACCGACCCAAUCCAGCAGCUGUUCGUGACCAAGCUUCGGGACUAUGCACAGAAGAGCAAGGGCGCGGGUGGAAAGUUGGUUGAUGCGUCGCCGGAAAUCGAAAAGGAACUGAAGCAGGAGAUGGAUAAGCUCGCGAAGCAGUACGGUGGAGCCGCGGGCGAAGAUAUGACCAACUUCCCUGCCUUCAAGUUCGUGGACCCGACAAUUGAUCCCAUCAAUUCGACCGCCUAAGUAGCAACAGGUCGGCUCCAAGCGGACCUACUACAAUAGAUCUACUACUAAAUUCUACUGAAAUCGAAACAGAUGUAAACAGUUCA